AUGGCGGACCAAAAUGAGAUCGAUUUGGAUUCGAUCAUUGACAGACUGUUGGAGGUGAGGGGCAGCCGUCCAGGCAAGCAGGUUCAACUGCUCGAGUCGGAGAUUCGUCACCUUUGCACCAAGGCCAGAGAGAUCUUCAUUUCGCAGCCUAUACUUUUGGAGUUGGAAGCCCCGAUCAAGAUAUGUGGCGAUAUUCACGGCCAAUACUACGAUCUCCUGCGCCUGUUUGAGUACGGCGGUUUCCCCCCCGAAGCCAACUAUCUGUUCCUUGGCGACUAUGUAGACCGAGGCAAGCAGUCUCUCGAAACCAUCUGUCUACUUCUUGCAUACAAGAUCAAAUACCCAGAGAACUUCUUCGUCCUCCGCGGUAACCACGAGUGCGCCUCCAUCAACCGUAUCUACGGCUUCUACGACGAGUGCAAGAGAAGAUACAACAUCAAGCUGUGGAAGACCUUCACAGAUUGCUUCAACUGUCUUCCGAUUGCUGCGAUUAUCGAUGAAAAGAUCUUCACCAUGCACGGUGGCCUCAGCCCCGAUCUCAACUCUAUGGAACAGAUCCGUCGUGUCAUGCGUCCAACAGAUAUUCCGGAUUGCGGUCUCCUCUGCGAUCUCCUCUGGUCCGAUCCCGACAAGGACAUUACCGGCUGGAGCGAGAACGAUCGAGGUGUAUCCUUCACAUUCGGCCCCGAUGUGGUCUCGCGGUUCUUGCAAAAACAUGACAUGGAUCUUAUUUGUCGAGCGCACCAAGUAGUCGAGGAUGGUUACGAAUUCUUCUCAAAGCGGCAGCUGGUAACGCUUUUCAGCGCACCAAACUACUGCGGAGAAUUUGAUAAUGCCGGAGCUAUGAUGAGUGUAGACGAGAGCCUUCUCUGUUCAUUCCAGAUCCUUAAACCAGCCGAAAAGAAACAAAAGUACGUCUACGGAGGCAUGGCGCCUGGCAGACCCAUCACUCCUCCAAGGAAGCAGAAGAAAAAGUAA